AUGUCUACCAGGCUUACCAUUCGUGAUAAGCUGAGGCUAGCCAAGAAAGAGAAGGCUGACGCUGCACGACGUGCCGAGGAGCAGCGUACCAAGGAGCGGUGCUCCAAGGAUAUCCGCACCGAGGUCCAGCCGCGUUCCGCGGCGGGGACACACAUCGAGUCGGCCAUACCGAUUGCAGACGAUCCUGUUGCUGACCAGACUGCUCAUUCUCCCUCUCUAGUUCGUGCAGCUUUGACCAGAUACGAGUCGGCUCGUGCUCCCCGCCCGACCGUCUCCUCCCUGGUUCAUCACGAGGAGAUAAGUCACAGGGAUGAGAGCCGCAAGCGCGGAACGGAUAGCCGGAGAGAAUCUCAUUCUGAGGAGAGGGUUUUCAAGGAACCAAGACGCUACUUUAGUGAUCGCGGGGCGGCUACUUCUGAGCUCGACCAGACUGCCCCCAACGUGUUGUCCAGGAUCACUCUCUCUGGUACUCGCUUUCCUCCGCCUGCUACCUGGAGGGCGAUGGGAACUACGCCGCGACUGCUCUUCAUCGCCCAUCUUAACAAGAUGGUUCUGGACUAUGAGGCGCAGUCCAGGGCAGGUAAGCGUCACCUUGAGAGUGUACAGCGGGAUGUCGAGAAGUACAAGUACGAAGAGAGUACGGCGAAGAAGCGGUUUGCUGACUCGGAGUCUGAGGUGAAGCGACUUCGCGACCAGCUCGGCAAGGUGCAGAAGAAGAAUGAGGAUCUGACCGCCUCUAACGUCCGUCGCUUCCAGAGGCUGCAAGAUUGUUAUACCAAGCUGAGCUUGCAUGAGAAACGGGAGGAAAGUGUGCAGCAAGCGGUUCACGGAGCGAGGGUCGAGAUGGCGAUCAAGUUUCGGGAGACUCUUACUCGGAUUCAGAGGCAGUUGGAUGUCGUUGAGGAGGCUAGAGGGGAGAGUUUCGACCUGGCUCAGGCCGAGAGCAACCUACAACUUGCAGAACUUGCUGCAGUGGUGGCUGGAUCGGCGAGAGCUCAUAAAAGGCUUACGGAUGAGGUAGAGAACCUCAGGAAGAUUCUCCGUGCCCCAUCGGUUGAGCUGGAUAAUAGUGAGUAUGUCGAGGUUACGGCUGCGUCGCUGGGCGUGCGCAACUUCUCGGGGACCAACGGCGGGACCUCGGGAUUACAUGAUCUUCGUGUUAUGAAGGCCGCGCCGGUCCUUAUCGCCACGGAGCCGUCGCCUCCUGCACCAGAGGCACUUGCUACAGUUGCUGCCGAUCCGACUGUGGUAUCUUUGGAGCAGGCGACCGAGGUAGUUGUCCCUCUUUCAGGAGGAGGUGUACUUGAGGAUGGCGAGCCUGCUCGUGUUGAUGGCGAGACGGUGGAGAAGGUGCCAGAGGAGGCGACCGAGCGGGUAUCCGAGGGGGAGGUCGACGUGCCUGAGCAGGUAGCCAUGGGAAGCGCAACGGAUGAGGCUGCAGAGCACGACGGGGAUGGAGGUCGAUGA